GCUGUUUACCGUAGACCAGUCGCGAAUACAGCAUGUGUACAUAGUUGCACAUGUUUUUUUUUUUUAUAAAAAGACGCAUAAAGGAGGUAAACCAUCUUAACAAAAAGGCAAACCCCGAGAGCUGAUUUGGCUGCUUUUCAAAACCUCGGACAACAACCGUUUACUCUUCGCGUUGCUUUCUGGGAAUUGUAUUUCACAAGACCUUUGACCCAAUUCCUGAGCUUGGACACUCAAGUACUUAUUGUCUUAAAGCUUAGACACUCAAAGGGAGACUUGAAAGGAAUACAAGUAUUCGAAAUUGAAAACAUGCAGUGUCAGUUUUCAGAUACAAAUUUGAUAUGACAACUGUACAUGGUGGAGUAAAGAAAAUAAGAAGUCCUUCCAACAAAAUGGAUUAAGCUGAAUGAUGAAAUAAAUAAGUUUGAAUAUAUUAUACUCCACACUAUUUUAAUACUUUUUUCCUCGAAUGUUAAUAUUUCCUUUUUAAUGUCUAUGCAGUCUUCAAAUUAACAAACAGAAACAAUUUUAAUAUGGUUUGAGUGCCCCCUAUAUAUAAUCCAUUCCUAAUCAAAUUUGAAAGCAAAAUAUUUUAAAACGUUUACAAAAAUACAUGUUUCAUUUAAUAGCUAAAGAGAUGCUUGCAACAUUUUAUAACAAGGUGCACUUAAGUAUAUAUCUGAACUAUUUUUUAGUAAGAGGAUUUAUGGCAACUACAUUCUCCUAUACAUAGUAUAAUAGACUUCCAGAAUUUUCUAAGUUUUGCUGGCAAAACUGAGGAAGCAUAAAGGUUGUCGCUUGUCUGUUAUAUAUAUUUUUUAUUAAAGAGUAGUUUUUUAUGAAAAAAAGUUAAAUACUUUAACUUUUUAAAAUGGCCCUGACAGAAGACUCCUCAAAUCAUGAAACAAACGUUUCUCAACAGAAUGAACAAAUCAAUCAGCGCUGGAAGUGGUCUGUGAUAUUUCUUUGUUUUUAUGGCUUCAUAGUUCAGAUUAAACCUGGUGAGAGCUUCAUCACUCCAUUUCUCCUGAGUUUUGAAAAGAACUUUACUAAAGAACAGGUAACCAAUGAGAUUACUCCUGUAUUAUCAUACUCUUAUAUGGCAGUUUUGGUUCCAGUUUUUCUUCUCACAGACUUUCUUCGGUACAAACCGGUACUAAUUUUGCAGAGCCUCAGCCAUAUUUCCAUAUGGUUAAUCCUUCUCUUUGGCACUAAUCUUUUAGAAAUGCAGUUCAUGGAGUUCUUCUAUGGAAUUACCAUGGCAGCUCGUGUGGCCUACUCUUCGUACAUCUUUUCACUUGUCACACCUUCAUUGUACCAGCGAGUAGCAAGCUAUUCCCGUUCCUCUGUUUUGAUGGGAGUUUUCAUCAGCUCGGUUCUGGGACAAAUGUUCGUGUCCAUUGGAGAAUUCACAUAUAUCACUCUUAGUAAGAUAUCAUUGGGAUUUGUGGUCUUUUCAUUCCUAUUGGCACUCUUUUUACCCUGGCCUAAGCGAAGCAUGUUCUUCAACAGGAAAGUACUGGAGCAAAAUAUUGCUUUGCCUACUGAAAUAGAGAAGGAAGGUUCCAACAACCUUGUGUCCUCCCCUUCCAGGACAACAGCUUCCUGGAAGAAUUCUACUUUAUUUGAAAUGUUGAAGGAACUUGUGAAUGUAGUUAGAAAACCUCAGUUACGACUGUGGUCAAUUUGGUGGAUCCUAAAUUCAACUGGCUAUUACCUGAUUAUAUAUUAUGUUCAGAUACUUUGGAAUGAAGUGUACCCAGCCAUUGAAAAUAGGAAGGUUUAUAAUGGAGGAGUGGAUGCUGCAUCAACUUUACUAGGUGCCAUCACUUCUUUUGCUGCUGGUUACGUAAAAAUUCGUUGGUUUCUAUGGUCUGAGCUUGUGAUUGCCAUUAUCACAACCGUCCAGGCUGGCCUCCUGCUUCUCAUGAACACCACAUCCAACAUCUGGGUGUGCUAUAUUGCUUAUGUGCUUUUCCGAGGUUUCUAUCAGUUUCUUGUUCCUAUUGCCAUAUUCCAGAUUGCAUCAUCAUUAUCUAAGGAACUCUGUGCAUUGGUUUUUGGAGUCAACACUUUCCUUAGUACUGUCUUAAAGACAAUCAUCACCAUCAUAGUUGCCGAUAAGAGUGUGCUUGGCCUGGCUGUGCACCCACAGUUUUUUGUUUAUUUUGGCUAUUUCACACUACUGUGCCUGGGCUACUUUGCAGCUGCUGCCUUCAACAUUAUAAAGCAUUUUCGCAGGAAUUCUCUUCCAGAAACUCCAAAUGGGAACAAGUCAGAAAAACUUUGUAAUGUUGUGUCUGACACCCCUGAGGAACAGAAACCGUUGGAUGAGGCUGUCUUAUUUACUAGCACCAAGGCUAUUUAAUGAGGGUGAUGGGUAAUUUCUAGUUUAAAUUGUUAAGGCAAAAAAACAAGUCUUAUGUGGGAAAUUUUAAAAUAAGUCUUUGUAAACUCAUUUGAUCAGUUGUCUUUACUAUCCACCAUGGUAGGUACCAUUAUUUAAUGUGGCCGAAUUUGUAGUCAGUGUUUUACUAAAUAGGUCUAUACAAAUAUAUUUUUAAAAUAAGUGAAUUAAUGGGCAACAUUAUUUCUACACAUUGAAUGUAACCAAUAUGUUAAAAUCAGAAAAUAUCAAAAUCAUAUUCAAAUUUAAGUAAUGCACUUUGUAUAAAUCAAUAUGUCAAAAUAAUCUAAACAUAGGUGGAAGCAGCUCAAUUGUUAGCAUUUUAGACACAUUUUAUGUCUAAAAAAUAAAAUUUCAAUAAGUGUCCUGACAGUAUUAUAUUUUGAUACAGGAUGUUUGGAUGUUUUAAAUAAGCUAACGUGUUUCAUGGUACUUGCUGCACAUGAGACAUACAAAUAUGGAGGUUGUAUUCAUUCUAGUCAUACAUAAUAUGCCGUAACAUUGCAGUUUGAAAGAAAUUUUAUAGAUCUAGGAGUGGGUCUGAAAUAUGUGUAUUUCUCAGUGUUGUUGAUCUUUGGGCAUCAGUUAUAAUAUUAAAUGGUAUACAUUUUUAGGAAACCUAACAGAAUUGAAAUCUAUAGUUCUUUUUUUUUUUCAAGAUUGUUUUAGUUGUUCAAUAGUUGUAUUUAAAAGAAAAUUAGUAAGGCAGAGGUGAGCACAUGACAUAUAUCACACAUAAAAACAGCAGCCUUAUUAUUCAGUUAGGUUAGUGUUUUUAUCACACAUAAAGGAACAUUGAAAGGAAACAUUCUUUUGUAGAGGACACAAUUUCUAAAAGUGUCACAAACUAAAAUAAAUCCAAGAUACGUAAUUUUACUUUCUGAUAAGUUAUUUUUAAAUUCUCUUUGAUGAUGACUGUUCUUUUAAGUUUUUAUGUACAGAUACAUAUUUUCAAUAUUAGUACUGACCAAGGUUUAUAGUCAGCAACUAAUAAUGAUAUUAAUAGUGUUACAUAAAAAAA